ACAGAAUUGGGAAGUGAACAUUUUAAAAAAGUUUCAAUGUGUUCUUUGUCUAUCAAGCGUGUCCCUUGCAACUACAGAAAUUGUACGUGGUUCAUUUUAAAUCCAUUUAUCAGGAACGGAAAAAAUGAAUAUCAGCACAUUUAUUUUUACUGCUAUGUUUUUAUGGCGUUAUACAACAGUCUUGUGUCAUGAUAAUGAAACAGCAGACAUUGAAUCUAUAUUGCAAGAAAAACUGUUUAAAAACUAUAACAGAUAUCGAAAACCAGUCAAGGUCUCUUCGAAUCGGAUAUUUGUGAAUAUUACUGUGUACAUUCUCUCUCUAUCAAAGCUGGAUAUCAAGUCUCAAACUUUACAUGCUGCCAACUGGUUAACAUAUUCAUGGACGGACGAGUAUCUUACAUGGAAUUCUACUGUUUUCUCUAAUAUCGACUACUUAAGAUUGCCUGCCGAUAAGAUAUGGAUUCCUAGUGUUUGCAACCUUCAGGAAAUCUCUGGUAGAAGAUGUUUGACAUAUGACUCGGUGAAAGACUCAAGAAGCGAGGCUGUAAUCCAUAGCUCUGGACUAGUAUAUCUGACAGAAACGAUGGAUAGUAUUGUUCUGUGUAAAUUUGAUGUACUGCAUUUUCCUUUUGACACACAGACAUGCAUUUUUUCGUUCAUAUCCUCUACCGGUCGAUUUCAAAAUACAUAUUUGGCUGUAAACGAAUCUAGUUAUGAAUCACUUCUCUAUAUUGGAAACGAAGAGUGGGAUUUGAUUUCGACAAAUGUUCAAGGGACAUUUGAUCUACUUAUUAUGAAAAUUGUUUUAAAGAGGAGACCCUUAUUUAUUGUUCUGACGGUAGUUCUGCCAAUUGUCGCUUUGUCAAUCAUGAAUACGUUUUGUUUUCUAUUGCCCAUUGAAACCGGAGAAAAAAUGGGAACUUCUGUGGCUUUAUUUCUUAUAUUUGCUGUUUUUGGAACUAUAAUCAGUGACACAAUGCCCCAAAACGCAGCAAAUAUUUCGUGGUUUAUGGUGUAUGUGACAACUCAGAUACUUUUAAGUGGGCUGACGGUUAUCAUGGAAACGGUUGUUUUACACCUAUAUCAUAAAGACAUAGGUAGAUCAGAAACAAUAUACACCGACAAAGUGUGUACAUUACAUAAUGCGAACAACAAAAGAAAAGAUAAAAAUGAAGAGAAAUACGAGUGUGUGAUUGCUAAAACAAAGGCAACUGACUCUGAAGAAAUGUGGAAAAGUCGGGCAAAGAAAUUGGAUAGAGUCAUGAUGAUUUUGAAUGUUUGUGCAAACAUCAUUUCUAUCUGCAUUUGCAUGACAAUUAUUAUGAUCUAGGUUUGCAAAUCAGUAUUAUAUACGAGGGCUGUCCAAAAAGUUCGUGGACAAUCGCGUUUUUGUCAUUUUAAACGGGUUUAUAUAUGCAUAUUGUAUACCAAAAUAUUUGUCAUAAAGUUCCAAAUCAGAUUAAAGUGGUUUUGAAUGUUUUCAUUAAAAUUAAACUUAAAUUAUACUGUAUUAAAAUAUCACGAAAAGCACGAACGGCCCAUUGUCAAAAUUGUCCAAACUUCGAGAUUGAGUUUUAAGAUAUGAAUAUUAACAGUAUUUUUAAUACAGGUAAAAACGUCAAAAUAUUCAACUGUGACGUAGUCAGAAUUGUGAACGUCAUUUUCAUACGUCAUUUAGAGCCGUUUUUAAUUGAGCAGAGGAUAUUUCAAGGAGUUUAGGGCAAGAACAUGUCUUUAAAAACGCCAGAAAAAGCAACGUCGGCGGAUCGCAUGGAACAGCGCGCCAUCAUUAAAUUCUGCGUAGACUCGGGGAAAACACCUAUCGAAACGAAACGAAUGAUGGAGAACACAAAAAGGCAUCGACACAUAUCAAGAUCACUAGUCUACAAGUGGCACAACGAUUUUCGGAUGGAGUUUGCGAUUUAAAAGACGCCGAAAGAAGUGGAAGGCCUUUGCUUUGUGACGAUAUAACGAAAUCCCACAUUCAUGACAUUGUCAUGAAGGACAGACGUCUGACGUUAAGAGAAGUCGCGUCAAUAAGUGAUGUUAGCAAAUCUUCGGUUUUUAAUAUCCUCACUGAAGACUUCUGUAUGAGUCGUGUUUGCGCAAGAUGGGUACCCAGGCUUUUAUCCGAUGAGCACAAAAAAAGACGAAUGCAGACAAGUUAGGCUUUCAUACAGAAUUUCAAAAGAGGAGGAGAGAAGUGGCUUGACAGAAUCAUUACUACGGACGAGACUUGGCUGCAUUAUUUUGAUCCAGAAACAAAAACAGAAUCCAGCAUUUGGAAACACCGGGGUUCACCAGCACCGAAAAAGGCAAAGGUUGCGAAAUCCAUGGGUAAACAAAUAUACAUAUUCUUUGCUGAUCGGCACGGAAUGAUUUUGGUCGACGCUGUACCCUCCGGUCAGACGGUGAAUGCUGCAUACUACUCCAAGGUGUUAUGCCGCGACUUAGUUAAGGCAAUUAAGAAAAAACGCCCUGCCCUGGCUGUGGACCUUGGAAAUAUCAUCCUACACCAAGAUAAUGCACCAGCACAUACAACAACUUCCACGUGUCUGGAAAUCGAACUCCUAGGAUACGAUCUUCUUGAACACCCGCCAUACAGUCCGGAAAUUGCUCCGAUGGAUUUUGCAAUUUUUCCUUUCAUCAAAUCACAGCUAAGAGGAGUAAGAUUUAAGGAUUCUGAUGAACUUAAAUAUGCUACUCGGACCAUUGUAUCUAAAAUCGACAGUAAAUGGUAUUCGGAUGUGUUCGAUUCAUGGCUAAGAAGGUGUGAGAAGUGUUUGCAGUGCAAAGGUGACUACGUUGAAAAGUAACAGAAACCAACGCGCUACGUACGACGUUAUAAAAACGUCGUGUAACCGUCAGACUGGGCCGUGCGGCCUGUACAGGCAAUGUUUUUGUAGUGAUAACUACAUUAUGAGAAUGAACAUUGUUCUGAUUUUUAUACACAUGCAUUAUUAUAGUCUAUAUUAAAAUAUUUUAAUACUUUUCUAAAUAUAGCGUCGUUAUUUAGGAUGAAAUUACAUGUGUCCACGAACUUUUUAGACAACCCUCGUAUAUUAUCUUUGGUACAAAGCAUUAUUAAAAGAAAAUACUUUGUUGUAGUAAUUUAUACAAUGAUUUUUAAUCAUUGAAUUGUCGUGGUACGGUAUAAAAUGUUUCAAAAAGUUAGAAUAUUCGUAUUUUAUUUAAAUAAAUUCAAAAAAUAACCAAUUCACUUGUUUGCAAACUAGAUUUUCCCUUUUUUGUAAAUGUCUGAUCUAGUCCUAACAUUCAAGGAUUAAUUUUGAAGAUAGUUUUUCUGGAUUUUAACUACACAAUUGAACACUGGGUAUCAGAUAUGAUGCUUAUCAGAUAUAGAACUGCAAACAAGCUUUCUUGAAUGCACCAUUUUGACAAAAAUAGUUAAAAGGCCCAAAUUCAAAUUAUUCGAAUAUUCCAAAAUCGUAGUUGCUUCAUGUAAUAUAUAUCUAUAUAUCAAAAAAUAAGCUUAAAAUAAGAUUAAAACAAAUUGUAAAACUACUCAGAA